CACUUUUGCCCCACCAAAGUCGCCUACUCGGCACUUGCCUCGGUCAGAAGGGGAGCUGGGAUAUUCUCGAUCGUGUAACUGACCAACCUCGUUUUCACUCCUCAUGCUGGGCGGAGCGGCACAAGCUUCAUAUAUAUCUUCAGUUAUCGGCGACUUCAAACCGUGAUAACAAACUGCGGACUAUCAGAUUGUCAUUCUUAUAAUGGCUCAAACAACUACCUCGACGUUGUCGGGCGGAACACGAACUGAGAAUUUGGCCAGCUGGGCCGCUAACCUCAAAUUCUCCGAUCUCUCGGAAGAUGUCAUCCAGAAGACUAAAGAUUUCUUCGUGGAUUGGCUGGGAUGUACGAUCGCAGGCCGUCAUCAUCCAGCCGUUUCGGCCAUUGCAAGAUUUGCGUCGCAGAUGGGCCCUUCCAGUGGGAAGAGUGAAUUGGUCGAUGGCUCUUUGAAUUUCACCACGAGUCCGGCUUUCGCUAGUUUGGUGAAUGGCGCUUCAUCUCACGUUGUGGAGCAAGAUGAUCUCCAUAACCGAAGUAUUAUGCAUCCUGCAACCGUCAUAUACCCAGCUGCCCUUGCUGUAGCGCAAGAUGUUGGUGCUACCGGCGAAGAAUUUAUCGCAGCCUGUGUUGUUGGCUAUGAAGUAGGUUGUCGAGUGGGAGAAUUCCUAGGCAAGAGUCAUUAUGAGCGCUUUCAUUCUACCGCAACUGGCGGAGUUAUUGGAGUCGCGGCUGCCACAGCGCAUCUCUUAAAGCUUGACGCCGCUCAGACCUUGUCUGCCAUUGGAACGGCUGGCACUCAAGCCGCAGGUCUUUGGCAAUUCUUAAUGGAUGCAACACACUCAAAGCAAGUGCACACCGGCAAAGCCUGCUUUGAUGGAAUCUUCGCAGCAUACACUGCUCGUGACGGGCUUCUUGGCACCAAAGAUAUUCUCGAGGGACCGCGGGCAAUGGGAGUUGCAUUGGUUCCGGGCACAACGAAUCCCGAGGCUAUUGAUCAAAAUCUCGGUACUGACUACGAAGUCCUUCGGUCCAGCUUUAAAUGGCAUGCAUCUUGUAGGCACACCCAUCCCAGUGCCGAUGCACUGUUGAAACUCAUGGACAAGAACGGGGUCGCUUUUGAAGAUAUUGAAUCUGUGACCACUCGCACUUACCAGGCUGCCCUCAAUGUACUUGGCAUGACUGGCAGGGGAGAAACAGUCCAUCAGAGCAAAUUCUCGAUGGGAUUCGUUCUCGCCGUUGUCGCCAAAAAGGGCCAGGCUAUGAUCACCGACUUUACGGAAGAUGACUUAGAGGAUUCUUCGCUACGGGAGUUCCAGAAGCGUGUCAACAUGGAGUUGGAUCCUGAAAUUGACCGGGCGUUUCCUGAAAAGUGGCAGGGUACUGUUAUCGUGACUACGAAGUCUGGAAAGACGUUCACCGAGUCGGUUGAGUUUGCGAAGGGAGACCCUGAACUUCCCUUAACAAGGGACGAGAUCGAGAGGAAGGCGCAUACUCUCGCCGCCUACGGUGGAUUCACAGAUACUGGCAAGGUCAACCAGCUGAUCGAGAGAGCUUGGAAUCUGGAAAAAGAGAAGAACGUCGAUGGUUUCGUUUUCUAGCCGCUGGUAAUCGUUUCAGAAUGUCUGGCCAUGAAUAGAGAGUAUAUAGACGAUAUGUGCCAAUACAUCCGAUAUGCAAUGC